GCCCCGGCAUCCGGCCCCCCCGUCACUCCCUGGCGGUGGCCGAAUGGCGUCCGCCGCUCCCGGCACAAGGCGCAGGGCCUGGGGCUGACGGCUGCGGGGAGCGUCCGCCGCUGCUCAGCCAACAACCGGGCGCUGAGGGCAAGAUGGCUUCGGUUGAAAGGGAGACGCUGUCCCAGGAUGAACUGCGGAAACGGCUCUAUCAGACUUUUAAGAACCGAGGGGUACUGGACACCCUGAAGACACAGCUCAGAAACCAGCUAAUCCAUGAUCUGAUGCACCCAAUUUUGAAUGGAGAACUUCAGCCCCAGGCAGUUCCAAGUGAAGAAAGUACACUUUUGAUAACAGCUUCCAACAGUUUGGUGGCAGAUCAUCUAGAGAGAUGUGGCUAUGAGUAUUCACUUUCUGUUUUCUUUCCAGAAAGUGGACUAGAGAAAAAGAAGCUGUGGACUCUGCAAGAUCUUCUUCAAUUAAUGAGGAUCAAUCCAAACUCUAGUGUUUACAAAUCACUGACUUCUGGAACUCAGAAGGACAAUAAAGGUUUUCUUAUGCGGAUUUUAAUCGGACUUACAGAACAUCAUUUAAGUAAGGAAACUCAUGACAUAGAAACUCAGACAAACUCAGUGCCUCCUUACAGAGAAUCUCUUGCUGAGAAGCUUCAGCUGAUUGAUGAACAGUUUGCAGACUCUUAUCCCCAGCAUCAGAAACAUGAAUCUUUAAGACUAAAACUUCAUGAAUAUAGAAAAGAAAUUGAGAAGCAGCUUCAAGCAGAAAUGUGUCAAAAGCUGGAACAUUUUAAAGAAGUUGAAAUAGCAAAGAUUAAAAUGGAGGGGAAAAUGCAGACCCAGAAGGAAAUCUCUGAGCUACGUCAUGAGUUGGAGAGGACACAUCAAGCAAAGGCUGAAGCCUUGAUUUCUCGUGAAAAGAAUGCUAUUGAGAGGCUUCAAAAACAACAAGAGAUAGAAGCAAAGGAAGUAUACGCUCAGAGGCAAAGUCUGCUGAAAGAUAUUGAAGUCAUAAGGACCAGAGAAGUGGAACUGAAGCAAAGAAUUGAGGCAUUCGAAAUCACUCAGAAACUUCAAGAAGAGAAAAAUAAAGCUCUUGAUGAUGCUCUGAGACGUCGGGAGGUUGCUGUGAAGAACAUAGAGGAGACAUAUGACCAGAAGCUCAAGACAGAACUCUUAAAAUACCAGCUUGAAUUAAAAGAAGAAUAUGUAGCCAGAGCAAAUAAAGUUACUGAAGAUGAGAAAAAAAAUAAAGAGAAAGCUAUGCUUUUGCAUGAGGAAGCCAUGGCUGUUAAUUCAAAAAAGGAGGAACUCAAGCAAGCUAUAUCACGCACAAAAGAGCUUGAGCUGGAACUGGAGUCGGUGAAGGCCCAGGUUCUUUUGGUAAAUAAACAGAACCAGUUGUUGACAGAAAAACUGAAAGAAGUAUCAGACUAUGCUUUGCUAAAGGAGGAGAAAUUGGAGCUCCAAGUGCAGAAUAAGCUACUUAGGCAACAGCUGGAUGAAACUCGCAGUGAGGACCAGCAUCUUCGAGACAAACUCUCUCAGCCAUCAGCAGAGCACCUGGCCUGCCAAAUGGAGCUGAAGAGAGUGGAACAUUCUAGAAAGCUGGCACUGGAUGAAUUUGAAAGUCAUAGGCAGAUUUUGGAAAAGCAGCUACAAAGUGAGGUUGAGCAUUGUGCCCAGUUAAAGACCCAACUGUUGAAUUCUGAAGCUGCUGUUAAGAAGUUAAGUGUGCAGGUUGAAGAACUAAAACUGCAAGUGCAACAAUCACAGGCAGCUCUGGAAAAUGAAGUGUAUCGGAAUCCAAAGCCUUCGCUUGUCAAUCGCUCUGUCCUUGACUUCACUGGUGACACAGUGGUGCCUCAUGAUGUUUAUGUGGAUGGCACAUUCCUGAAGAAUCAGGCUAUGACUGAUGUGCUGAAGGUAAAUGCCAUGCCAAGAGUUGGCUAUCAGGACCAGCUACAGCCACGCAGUGCUUCUCCAGAUCCUGACAUUGCACAAACCUGGGCUAGGAUAAGAGAACUGGAAAGAGAGGCAGAGUAUUUGGAGGAAGCCUACAGGAAUUGCCAUCACAGAAUCAUGCAGGGUUCUGCUGCAAGCAGAACACCAAGGAUUACGCAGUCCCCUUUACUUCUACAGUGUGCUGUUACUGGGCACCCUUUGUCUGCUCAGCAUGAACCUCUAGAGGAUGGUCCUAGCUCCCAGAAUUCCCCCCUGAGCAGCCCAAGAGGUGAAGAAUACAUCAGAAGAACUGAGCAAGUUGAUGACAUGAAAGACCCCUUAACCCCACCACACAGAAGAACAUCUUCCUCAAGACGCCUUUCUUCUACUCCCAUCUCCAAACUGGAAAGAGAUUGCAGGAACAAGAAAAUUUCAGAUGACAUCAAUGGCCCAUAUCUUGCCUCUUCACAGCAGAGUGUUGAUCAGGUGCUUUCUCCUAUUUCAAAGCCACAUCGACUUUCAUCUUCUGACUCUGUUCCUUCCUCACCAUCCAGUUGUGGCCAGAAAAUCAGCCCUCCUAAUCAACAAAGAGAUAAUCAAGAUUUCAGUGAUAUCCCCAGACCAGAGAAACUAAAGUAUGAGGAACUUGAAGAACGCAUUUCUUCUCCUGAGUAUCAGGGGGACAUUCCAGAGCAGUGUGAAAGUGAUGCCUUGCAUCCAUCUGGGGACAUCAUCAAUGGAAAUCAUGUCACAGCCACUGUGCCAGCAACAGCCACUUUGUCUCAGGACUUAACGGUGCUGGAUCGAAGACAGUUUGAAGAACGGAAUAAAGAAGUUGAGAAAAACUCAGAAGAAGAAAAGGAAGCAAGAGAAGAAAGUGGAGAGAGAGAACAACAGGGAGCUUUGGAAAGGGAGCAAAAAGAAGUGGAAAAGCUUAACACAGUGGUGUGGACCCAAGACUCAAUGAAAGUAGAUGAAGAAAAAGAAGAUAAGGAAGGCCCAAAACCUGAAAACAUGAAUUCUGGCGCUGGAGAUAAUUUACAGGUUUCUACUCCAAAUCCAUUAGAAAAAUACAUGAGAAUAAUUCAGCAGAGCAGAGAGCAGGAACUCACAAACAAGGAUUCAAAGAAAGAAGAAAUAGGAGAAGUAUCACUUACAGGAGGACUUCAGUCUAGUGAAAAGGAUGACAGCAUCGCAAACAUUUCUCAUGGAGACAUGGAUGAAGACUUCUGGUGAACGAUAGCUACUGAUCUUUAAAUUUAAAUUUAUGUUUUUACAAUAAGAAUUUUUAUAAAGCAGCUUUCUGCUUGUAAAAAAAAUUGUAAUAAAUGUUAGCCAUCACGAUUGCAGGCUGUAUAAUUAUAAAUUAAUAAAGCUGAUUCUGAGUUGUCU